AUGAAGACAUAUUUGAAUAGUCAAACAGGUGUCGUAUUCUUGCUUUUGGCUGCACAAAAUCUUCAAAGUUUAUUUGAUAGUAUUCAUGCACAUCUUCCCGUGUGCGUAUGGAUUAUUAUUGUUGCUUGUCUUCUACUUGGGCCAUGUUGGCUUGGAACACCAAAAGAUAGUUGGCCUAUAGCCAUUGGCGCUAUGGUUUGUACGGCUAUUGCAUGUGUAUUUAUAACGAUUAGUACACUCAUCCAUUAUCGAACGAUUAAACACAAUGAUCCAAGUCCAAUAACAUUUAAAUCAUUUUCAUUUUCUAUGGGAACAAUGUUUUUUGCAUGGGGUGGCUCAGCUAUGUUUCCAACAAUACAAGUUGAUAUGCGUCAACCACAUCGAUUUCACUUAGCAGUAAUUAUUGCUUAUUCAAUUCUAUUAGUUUUCUAUUUGCCCGUAUCCGUUAUUGGAUAUCUUGUUUACGGUUCACAUGUACAAGACAAUAUAUUAAAAAAUUUACCAAGAAAUUUUCUACGUUAUUCAGUUGAAAUCUUGAUUACUGGUCAUUUAGCAAUGGCAUUUACAAUAGUACUGAAUCCAAUAUUUCAAGGUUUCGAAGAACUUACACGUGUACCAAAACAUUUCUGUUGGCAACGUGCUAUAUUACGUAGUGGUAUUGUCUUAUUUUUAGCAUUUAUGGCUGAAUCUAUACCACAUUUCGGUGCUAUACUUGCAUUUAUUGGCAGUUCAACAGUAUCAAUUCUAGGUUUCAUAUUACCGGUGAUUUGUUUUGUAAUGAUUAAAGUUCAAUCAACACAAUUAGUUCAUGAAAAAUUCGUUGAUACGAUAUUUAGGGUAGUACCAAAAUUGGAUAUUAUUUUAUUAGCAUUAGCAUUAUUUGUUGGACUUUAUGGUGCUUUAGCUUCGUCUUAUUCAUCAUUUUCGGAUUUAGUCAAUCCAAAGUCAUAUGUUAAACCAUGUUGGCUUAACUCAACAGCAGCCGAAGAACCUCCAAUGAAUGCAUCACUAUUUUAA